AACGAAGGUCUCCUCCGCCUCGUCCUGUCCAAAUAUGGUGCCCAACCUGCGGCCGGGCUGCACCAUUGCAUAACUAUGGGGGAAAAAAGCGACAAAAAGGACGAGAAACUCAAAGUAAAAAGCAAGAGAUGCAUGGAUAACAGGAGAAGAUUGAGUACCUAUUUGAAACUUAAAGAAUUUAAAAAAAUCAAGACAAGCCCAGCGGGAAAACUUAUAAAGGACCAAGUUUUGCGAGGCUUCCCUUCCCCCACUCGGAGUACAGAUGGUAACGUCCGGAAGUCCAGGAGGAGACUACGGCUGCGCUUCUGGCGAAAGGGCAGGCGUCGCGGGCCUGGCCACUUCCGCACUUCCGCUUUCCGGCCCAGCCAGCGCCCGCGAUGACUGCCACUCUCCGCCCCUACCUGAGUGCCGUGCGGGCCACACUGCAGGCUGCCCUCUGCCUGGAGAACUUCUCUUCCCAAGUUGUGGAACGACACAACAAGCCGGAAGUAGAAGUCAGGAGUAGCAAAGAACUCCUGUUACAACCUGUGACCAUCAGCAGGAAUGAGAAAGAAAAGGUUCUGAUUGAGGGCUCCAUCAACUCCGUCCGGGUCAGCAUUGCUGUGAAACAGGGGUAUGACAUCAGUUUUCUGAUCACCAACUUCCACACAGAACAGAUGUAUAAACACAAGUUGGUGGACUUUGUGAUCCAUUUCAUGGAGGAGAUCGACAAAGAGAUCAGUGAGAUGAAACUGUCAGUCAAUGCCCGUGCCCGCAUUGUGGCUGAGGAGUUUCUCAAGAAUUUUUAAACAUCUGGUUGGAUCUCGUGGCCUUCCCCAUCAGAAUCCUGUGUCUCUGCGAAGUCGUCCUGGAGUUACUUCUUGGAGCGGCAGUGGAAGCAGAGGAGGGGAACUGGGUUGGGGUGGGCAUCAGAGGUGGGAGGGGGGGUGGUGUGCUUGCUAGCUGGCAGCAAAGCAGCAGUGGACCUGCCCCAAGGCCACACGUGCCUGGUCAGGCUGGCUUCUGAUGUUCAGUCCCCUGGGCUGCGACAGAUUUUUUUUUAAUGUCUUGAACUUAAACUGUGCUUGUAGGAGACUGUAAUCUUUUUGUCUUUUUUUUUUUUUUUUUUUAAACAAACAAUCUCCAUCUCCAGUGGCUGUGACUGGUCCCAGUGAUUGUACCUUAUUGGUCGCUGUGGAUCUGGGCGGGCCUGGAGCCAGAAGGCGACUACUGUUCCUCCCCAGUCCACCCCAUGUGGGGAGGGAGGGAGGUUUCAGACUCUAGUUCCUCUCCUUUGCCCUCUUAUUCUCAAGCCUCCUUGGGCCCAUUAGCAGUGGCCAGCUUCCUGAGCUCUGCCUAAAGAUGGCCAUCCAGCACUGGUUGGGGACAAGGGCUGAACCAGUGGCCACCAGCCAUGCCUAGGAGCUGGAGCGAAAAAGCCAGGUAACCUCUGGCCACAGGGGCUGCUUCAAGCCCUCCCAGCUGAGAGGGGCCAGUGUUUCGCCUUGUCUGUCAGUGCAGUGCCUGUAUUAAAGGUAGAGAGGUGAGUCCUGCCAGAUUCCUGGCCGGGGCCCUUUCAGCCGCUCUGGCUCCUCUGCUCCUGUGCUCGCUGUACCUUUUCUUAAUCCAGUGGAUCCUCUCUCCCCUGAUUAAAGUCUCUUCUCGCCCCUUUGGGGCUGCAUGA